AUGCCUAUCGAACAGUGUCAGCUCAGCCAAAUUCCUAUGGAUAGCGUCAGACGGAUACAGAGCCUUAUUUAUGAAGGGAAAACGAGUAUUGGUCAAGGCAGGCCAGGUGAGGCAUGGCAAUGGGAGGGGGAGGACCUCAAGAAAGAACUGGAUGAUUUGAAGAAUUGGAUGCGGACAAGUGGGCACGAAGUUCUUCAAUGUAAUGUGUUUCAUUUUACCCAAAACGCCCAAAUCGUCAGAAAUCCACAAAUAUCUCAACCAGCUACAUAUCUUUUGAUUGUGAUAAAUGGGGUUCCAGCAUUUCGAACAGGAAAGCAACUUUUGCCAAAUCAAGCCUACUAUGUUGACGAACUGCCGAUGCUCUUGGGUACAGACUGGGACAUUGUCAUGGCUGCUCUGGCUAAGGGGAGGCCUUAG